AUGUCAAGAUAAGUAUCCCCCACUUUCAAAAGGAAAGCGUAUUCUCAAAGUUCUCAUUCAAAGUAAAGAUCUUUGCCAGAUAUUAAUUAUCCAAGAACAUUGCAAAAUCAAGAUAAUCUUAGACAACAAAUCCCUUCAGUAGUUACUUCGAUUGAUUUCUCAAGCACUAAAUAAUAAUUUAAAUCGAUUGAUGCCUAAUCUGUUAUUAAUGGAAACCAGGAUAAGAAUAUUUAGUAAUAACCACCAAGACACCCUAAUACAUUAUAAAUAAAAUAGAGGAAAUCCUAAAAUAAAUUCAAUCCAUCCUUCACCAUUAAAGUUAUCGACUGGAAGGCUUUCAGUAGGGAAAGAUCAGAAAGUGACGAUAAAUCCAUUGAAACCCCUUAACUUGCUAAAUAUGAUUCAGGAAAAAAAAUAAAAAGCAAAAAUAAAUCAGUCAGAUCUAAAAGUAAAAAGAGUAAUAAGUCAAAUAGUACUAUUAAAUCAACUAGGCUAAUUGAUCCAGAUAAAGAUAAAGAUAAAUUCAAAGAACUAGCAUUGUGUGAGUCAUGCCUUUAAAGGAAGUUGGACUAUAUUUAACUUGAUUGUGUACAUUACAUGUGCUAUAAAUGCAUUGAUGAUGCUCGAUAAAUGACUGGCUUAAAUUCCGAAUAAACAAACUAAAUCAUUACAUGUAUUGUCUGUGAUAUGAAGUAGGAGAUUGAUGUUAUUGAACUAUUAGCUUAAAAAGAAGAGGAAAAGUUUAAAAAGCUUAAGACUUUAAAAUCUAAUAGAUAGACAUUAAAAGAAUUGGUUAAAGCAUAGCGCCCAGAUAAACCGCCUUCUAUUAAGAGAAAAGACACUUAGAAUGAAAAAGCUAAAUAGAUGGCAAAGGACGGAGAGUACGAAUGUCUAAAUUGCAAUUUUAUCAUGUGCACAGAUUGUAAAAAUAAGCAUAAGAAUCAUGUGAGAUUUAAAAAUCAUGCCAUCAUUGUUUAUGUUGAUGUUGAAACACAUUAGUAAAAAGUUGAGAACGAUAAAUGCAUAUUUCAUAAAGAGCAACUUAAGCUAUUCUGUGUUACUUGUAGCUUUCCUUUGUGCAUGCUUUGUGUUGAAUUUGAAUAAGAUCAUUAGUUUCAUGAGAUAAGAACGCUUAAACAAAGAUUUCAAUAUCUAAAGACUUAGAAUAUGGAUUAUGAUUUAUUGGAUAUGAAAAUGGUUAAGAUAAUGGAUAAGACUCGAUUGCUGUUAAAGAAUGUUGAUAUGACUCUGGUUCACUUAUUGGAUUUAGAAGGUAGUAUAUUUGAAUUAAGUCCUUUUGAUAAUAUUUAAAGAAAUCUUAAAAGAAUAGAUUAUUUACCCAUUUCUGGAAGAGACUUGGAAAAAUUUCAAAAGUAGUUUUCUAAAUCUAAAAUUUUAAAUAUGAAGGAAAAACCAAUGAUAAACAAAGAGAUGAUUUCAUUAUUCCCAAGAUUUAAUUAAGCAAGCUUGAUAUUUAAACUUACAGAAGACGGUUUAGGAACUCGAGCUUUUCAUAAAGCAUGUGAUAAUAAAGGAGCAACUAUAAUGCUGGUGAAAGCUAAUAAGCAUUAUAUUUUUGGUGGCUUUAAUCCUUAGAGUUAUAUGAGUGAAAAUUUGUAUCUUGAAUGUGAAGAUGCUUUUAUUUUCUCAUUAGCUAGAAAAGUAUAAAAUUACAUUCUUCCAAAUUAACAGCCUCAUGAAGAAUAAUCCAACAUAAGUUAUGUCCCUAUAAAAUGCCCUGUAAGAAGUUCUAAGUUAGAUAAAGCAAUAAAACUCAAUGAAGAGAACUUCUCUCCUGGAUUUGGAGAAAGUGACAUCAGUGACCUUUUUAUUAGUUUUAAGAAUCCAAAAAAGAGUUAUAGUCUACUGGGAAAUGUUUAUAAGUUACCCUAUGGAAUGAAAGGUGAUACAUUUUUAGCUGGCAAAGCAACUGAUUGGGAUAUUUAGGAAAUUGAAAUUUUUGCAGUUGGCUUUUGA